AUGACAAGUCUGUUCCGGCGGAGCAGCAGCAAUGGCAGCUCAAGGAACGGCUCCUCUGCCCAGGAACUCAACAACAGCCGCCCCGCGAGGCAAGUCCGGCGGCUGGAAUUCAACCAGGCCAUGGAAGAUUUCAAGACUAUGUUCCCCAACAUGGAUUAUGACAUCAUUGAAUGUGUCUUGAGGGCGAACAAUGGCGCAGUGGAUGCCACCAUUGACCAGCUGUUGCAGAUGAACUUAGACGGCAGCGGGUAUGACGACAGCUCGGAUUCAGAUGACAGUAUUCCUCCUGAGGUAAACCUCACUGUGUUGUGGAGGCCGUCCGCAAAAUGCCCUCUGGUGGACCCCUCCUUAUGCUUGCGUGCCAUGCAUACCCAACAUGGCAGUGCUUCUUCGAUUGCUGCUGGGUGUCCUCUGUUUUUACUGCUGUGGGGCAUUGUGGGAAGUGAAAAUGGCGGCUGCCCAGCCCAGCAGUGAAUACUGGGGGGAAUGGGGAAAUCCAAUGAAAGGUGCCAAGGCUGGUGCCAGAAAUGAUGCUUUGUGGUGAAACCAGGCCUGGGUGUUUACUAGCUGAUGUUCCAGGGGUCGGCUGUUUUUCUUGUGUGGAGAAAAUAAAACUAGAGGAUUUGGGGGAGCAGGGAACUAUGGAGUCAACAAACUGGACUGUGAUUGCUGAGGUGGUGGUUGUAUUUUAUACUACGCUUUGUCAUAUUGCUUUGUUUCUAAUCAGUGAAUAUCCUGUAACUUGCUGCGGAAAGCCUGAAACUUUUUAGGCCCCAAAUGUUCUGGUUCUCUCCCCUCUCAACAUUCGCUGCAUUAAUGCCAUGUGGUAGCAUUGGAGAAGCAUUGUGGAAUGACUGAUAGAGUGGAAUAAACCCGCCACUAAUGUACUGUUGCUGCGUGAGGAUUGUAUUACUUUAUAAGUCUGUGUUUCGCACACUACUCCAUUUUAAGCCAUUCAUAUUUUUUCCUAGUUUUUAGGAUUUUUUAAAAAAUGAAUGUUGUGGGGGGUUUUUUCCCCUCCCGCUGUUUUUAUGUAGACAACUUAGCAGUUUGCAAUGUAUAUAGCAGUAUAUAUUUAAAAUAAAUAAAUACACUAAUCCUUCCUGCCCCGCCCCGCCCCACCCCAUGUUUUGGACUACAACUCCCAUCAGCCUGAACUGGGACAGAAAAAUUCUAUAAAAAUAUAAGAUGAGCUGUGCUGGACCAGGCCAGUGGCCCAUCCAGUCCAACAUCCUGUAAUCGCAGUGGCCAACCAGAUGCAAGUGGGAAGCUCUCAAGCAUGAUCUGUGCACAGGAGCACUCUCCCGUCUUGUGGUUUCCAGCAACUGGUAUUCAGAAGCAUAACCAGCCAGGAUGAAUUUGUCUAGUCCUCUUCUGAGGCCCAUCCAAUUUGGUGUCCACCACUACCUCCUUCAGGAGCAAGUUCUAUAGUUUAACUCUGCACUGCAUGAAAAAGUCUGUUAUCCUGAAUGUUCCAACAUUCAGCUUCAUUGGCUGCCCACGAGCCCCAAACACUACGGCAACCUUUCUUCAUGAGGGCUCCAUCUCCUUGGUCAUUUUGGUUGCCCUUCCCUGAGCCUUUUCCAACACUACAAUAUCUUUUUUGAGGUGAGGCGCCCAUUCCAAAUGCGGUCACACCAUGGAUUUGUAUAACAGCAUUAGGAUAUUGGGUUCCUUUUCAUACUGGGUCAGUGUCCUUCAUUGAGCUCUCUACUCUGACUGACUACAACAGGCAUAGGCAAACUCGGCCCUCCAUAUGUUUUGGGACUACAACUCCCAUCAUCCCUACCUAACAGGACCAGUGGUCAGGGAUAAUAGGAGUUGUAGUCCCAAAACAGCUGGAGGGCCGAGUUUGCCUAUGCCUGGACUGCAAGGUCUCCUGUUCCUAGUCAGCCACUGCCAGUUCAGGCCACACGCAGGUUUACGGGUUUGGGGCUCUCCUGUGAAUAAAUAAGGAGCACGAGAGUUAUAGGGCAUUAAAGGAUAACAUCUCCCGCCCCCAUGCGGACCUUAAGAAUGGCAGUAGGAAAAACUAUGUGCAAGAGCUUUGCAGUGCAGAAAAAGACAAGACCGGGGGGGGGGGGGAGAGAGAAAGGGGUGGAUGACAACAUCAGAGCAGCCACGGCGAGAUUAAGCCAACGGCCUCACAUUCUUUCAAAGCAGAUCUGACAAGGGCAGGCUGUGUGUCGCGCUUGGUUAGAGGGACAACUGCAAGCGGGUUUCAUGUUGCGUGAAUAGCUCGUCGACUAUUUGCGGAUUUGAAAACAUCCUGGCAAGAUGAUAGCACACGCUCCCUGCUCCAAGGCUGCCAGGAUCUCGGUGGAGUUGAAACUCUUUUUUUUUUUGCUCUAGUAGCGGGAGAAGUCAGGUGUGGAGGGGCACGUCCUGUCUUGGGGUGACUUAAGGCCAAGCGGCCGGUUGUCUGCCCAGUCUUGGAGUUUCCCCAGGGGUCUACCCAACUCACGGCCCUUGCAAGAUGCAUUCAGCCCACCAGCUGGGCACGGCGGGGCCUCCAGAGGGCAAUGGGAGCCUGGUUGUGUUGUGUGUUUGAGGCUGCAGAAACAGAGGCGGCUGUGAAGCACCUGUCAGGCCCUGAAAGGUGGCUAUUGAAGUGUAUUUAGCUGUGUGGCAUCGUAAGAUGCUUAGCCUUGCUCUACUGCAGUGCUUUCCAAACUUGGGUCUCCAGCUGUUUUUGGACUACAACUCCCAUCAUCCCUAGCUAGCAGGACCUGUGGUCAGGGAUGAUGGGGGUUGUAGUCCAAAAACAGCUGGCGACCCAAGUUUGGAAAGCACUGCUCUACAGGCAGGGAGACUCAGGUGCGUGAAGCAGAGGUGUGAAGCAGGGCCUGUGAGUGGUGAGGGCCAAGGAGAGUCCUGGGGGCCAGGUAGAAUGUAUGGAGGGCAACUGCAUUGAAAUGCUGAUGAAUUGUCAUGAAAAAGAAAAAAAUUGCAAAUUGCUGCAGAAAUGUGGAGAGUGAAUUUAGGGUUGGAAAAAUGAGAGGCUGAGUGGACGGAAAGUUCUUCCAUGACUUGUCCCUUGCUGCCCCCUCCCUUAACCCCCAUUUGCUACUUUUAACCUUCAGCUCCUUCUGCAGAUCUUUUGAGUUCAUUUUUCCUUUGGCCUUCUGCUGUGUCAGUUCCCACUUCCCCUGCCCUUCAUCUUAUAGAGUCACCAGUAGCUUUUUAAAACAACAACAAAUUAAGAGCUGCCUCCUUUUAGUGAAUGCGAGGAAGCCACAGCCAUGAGACCUCAGUGGGGAUGCCAUAGAAUUUGGUCAGAAAUGGGAACAUAAAUUGCCACAAUUUAUAUAUUUUUUCGCCUCAUGUCGGGAACAGUAUUUAUGGUUGUAUUUUUAGUCUGCAAACCUUAUGGAAAGGAUUGUGUUACUGUCUGUAUCGUUUUUGACAUUGCCCUUCUACUGAAAUGCAUUAAUAUGAAUUAUGAUAUCAAUUGCACAAGUUUUGGCCCUAGCAGAUAGAGAGGCAGGUCUUAGCAGAAGUCAAACUGUAGCAGAAGAGAAACGCUGCUGAUUGCAGUGAGCACAAUCACUGCCUCCUUUACAUCCCUAGUCCUCACCGUUUCUGCACUUCUCGGAUCUCUGUAAUGUGCAAAGCCAUUAUAAAUUCUGUCUCCUUCUGCCUCUCUCAUUUGAUUCAGAUCUUGGAACGGACUCUAGAACCUGACAGUUCAGAUGAAGAGCCGCCUCCGGUUUACUCUCCCCCCUCCUACGACAUGCACGUGUUUGACAGACAGUACCCACAGGCUCCCCCGACACCACCUCCCAGGUAAGCAGGCUAAACUCUUAUUGGGAGUUCACAAAAUUCUAAUGCAUUUUGUUCAGCAAUCAGGCGAUUUGCAUGAGCUGUCCGUCUGACGCAUAAAGUGCAUUGCCUUGCAGGCCUAAGAGAGGAGUGAAAAAUAGCUGAAUCCACAAUAUCUGGCCCACUAAUCCAGUCUUGCAAUUAAGCACUAGCCUGGUAGCCAUAGGCAACCAGGAGUUUCAUGUAAACAAGUGACCAGGCUGGCAGAGGAGGAAUGGAAUAUUCCAUCCUUCCUCUGUGCGUGCCACAGAAACCAAGCAGAGCGAAGCCCCCCUCCUCUGCACACAGUCCGUGGAGAUUAGGAGAGCAGGGCAGGAUGUUAGAAGCAGGGGUUUCAUCACCAGCUGGAGAUCACAGGCCUUUGGAAGCUACUCCCCUCCCGCCCCAUCUUCAGCUAAAAGCAAGCUGCUAAGAGGAUGCUUGAAUGCAGGGACUCUCCUGGGCUGUGUGGAACCGUCUGCUGUUUGCAUCUCAGGAUGAUGGAGGAUUCCCACGCAAACAGAAACUGCUGCAGUUCAUGUUUUCGUCUGUAGCCAGGAACGGAAAUAAUGCAGUUAUACAAAUCUAUGGUGCGGCCGUAUUUUGAAUAUUGUUCUCAGUUGUGGUUGCUUCACUUCAAAAACGGUAUUGUGGACUUGCAAAGGUUUCAGAAAAGGGCACCCCAAACGAUCAAGGGGAUGAUCCCUCUUUGGGUCUUUUUAGUUUGGAGGAAGGGUGAAUAAGAGGUGACAUGAUGCAAGUUCAUAAAAUGAUACAUGGCAUGGAGCAACUAGAUAGAGAAAGGUUUUUCUCCCUCUCUCAUCAAACUCUCAUCCACUGAAGCUGAACGCUGGAACAUUCAGGACAAAUAAAGGAAAGUUCUUGUUCAUGCAGCAUAGUGUUAAACUAUGGUACUCCCUGCCACAGGAGGGACUGGUGGCCACCAACUUGGAUGGCUUUAAAAGAGGAUUAGACAAAUUGGUAGAGAAGGAGGUUAUUAGUGGCUACAAGCUAUGCUGGCUAUACUCUGUCUGCAUCGUCAGAAGCAGGAAUGCAUCUGAAAACCAGUUGCUGGAAACCACAGGAGGAGACAAUGCUUUUUUUACUCUAGUCCUGCUUGACCGUUUCCCACAGGCAUCUGGCUGGCCACUGUGAGAACAGGAUGGUGGACUAGAUGAGCCACUGGCCAGAUCCAGCAUGCUCUUCUUACGAGCCAAGCCAACGCGAUCUGCGUUCCUCCACACAGUUGCUGUUGUUAAGUCCCCAAACAAUAUGUAAUUAAUGACUUUAUUUCAGCACAUUGCAACAUUUCCUUUACCUUGAAAUAAGUGCUAAGUUAAAAAGCAGACAGUGAGAUGGAAUAAUGUAGUAUUUAGCAGAAACUGAACUGCAGAGGAACAGAAACAUUGCUGGUCUUUAUGGAUACAGGACAGAAUGGGAACCACUGCCUUCUGACAUCCCAUUUUGCAUCCUGAUAUCCAAGGUGAGGGGCAGCACAGCUCUCGUCUGCAAAGCAAUGGUGGGGGGAGAUGUUUGAGUCCCAAUUUGAGGAAGGGCUGAGCCCCUGGCUCACUUUGACUUGGGAUCGCUCCCCGAUUUGAGGAGGCGUGUUUGCAUCCUUGACAGCAUCUCCACUCCCGUCUUCAAUUACCUGCUCACUUUUUAAAAACCCUGUCCUAAUGAAGACACUAACCUGUGUGUACAGUCAUAAUUGCCUCUUGCCGCCCUCUCUGACUUUCAUGCUCCAAUGAAGGGGCCGUGAAGGGGAAUUCCCAGCAUUGAGACGCUCGGUUAUUAGCAGCUGCAAGCCGAGCCAAGAUCUGAAAUAUAGCAGAGCCUGGGUCCCUGUGGCGUUCUUUCCUCGUUUUUUCCUCUCCUUCUUUGGCUUUGAGCCCUCUUCCACGAGUUGGCCUCCCUCACGUGUGCCAGUUAAGGGAGCCUAGGCUACUUUCCUCUCCCUUCUCUCGAAAUCCUGGCACAGCAGAGAGACCAGAUCUCGAUGGGUGUUCUCAGACUCCUGCCUCGGCCUUCAGAGUUUGUUGAGUUUCUUUUCAUAGAAUCGUAGUUGGAAGGGACCCAAAGCGCCAUCUAGUCCAACCUCCUGCAAUUCAUUGUGUGGAGAUUUUCCUUCCACAAAGAACCAAGGACCCCGUUUUUGUUUUUUGCAGGUGCAUUCUGCAACAUGCUACUGACACAAAAAUAAUGGUCAGCCACUUAGGUCUUCAACCAGUGGGUCAGGACAAAGCUUUUGCUUUUGUUGGUGUCUAGAUAAAGCUCGCCAGAGCACUCUAUGACUUGUCUGGGCUAGAUGUAAAUGUCUGAUGUGACACUCAUUUUAUCAGUUUCUAUGAGUGCUGUGUUGUGGCAAAGGAAAGGCAUGAGCCUUUUCCAAUAAGAUACAUAUUUCUGAUCAGUCAUAUCCCCUACUUUUCUGUGGGUACGCCUGCAGUGAGGGAGUUCUCUAUGGAGCAAGGGCACUAGGUUCACUUUCUAGUCUGCUCCUGUGGCUUUUCGAGACUCCUCGUAAAAUGGAAUUUUGCUUGGAACGCUGUGGGUUAAACCGCAGAGCCUAGGACUUGCCGAACAGAAGGUUGGCGGUUUGAAUCCCCGCAAUGGGGUGAGCUCCCGUUGCUCGGUCCCUAUGCCAACCUAGCAGUUUGAAAGCACGUCAAAGUGGAAGUAGAUAAAUAGGUACCGCUCCAGCGGGAAGGUAAACAACAUUUCCGUGCGCUGCUCUGGUUCACCAGAAGCGGCUUAGUCAUGCUGGCCAUAUGACCCGGAAGCUGUAUGCUGGCUCCCACGGCCAACAAAGCGAGAUGAGCGCCACAACCCCAGAGUCAGUCACGACUGGACCUAAUGGUCAGGGGUCCCUUUACCUUUACCUUUAGCGUGCAGAAGUGUCAGCUGUGGUGAGGCAGCUUGGUUGCCAUCAUAGCAGCAGUGGCAGCCCAGGAAGUGACAGCAAGAGUCUGGUAGCUGCAGGAGGUUAGAAUUUCUGGAGAGAGAAGGACUGCCAUGUUUGUUUAUUUAUUUUUCAUUCAUUUUAUUUCUGUACCACUUCAUAUCAAAUAAAAAAAAAAUUAAAAAUCUCAAAGUGGCUUACAAUCUGCAUUAAAUCAUCAAAUAAAACAGUCCAGAAUUAAACGUCAUGGAAGAAAGUCAAAUAUAAAGUAUACAUUCAAAGCAGCAUAAUCAACGGGAGACUAAAAUAUUACCUUAAAAGAUUUCAAAAGGAAACAUUACAAAGGAGGUCAAGUGCAAGAAUGCACAUGUAAAGCAGCGAAGUUAACCCCCCCCCAAUUAAUCUCAACAUUUCAAAUGAAAACUUUACUAAUGGAAAUCAAAUAUAAAACACAUGUUUAAAAGAGCAUAAUUAGCAAGAGACUAAAAAUAUUUUCUUACAGCUGUUGCUGUCCUGCCAAUGAUGGUACAUGGCUGGUGGCAGCUGUGGAAGAUCAGGCUUCGAUGACCUGGGUCUGCACUAAGAGACAUCCAAGAUGUCUCUGGCCUCUAACACCUUCAGCUUUUGUAGCUGGAGUCAGUCUGGGCUUCGCCCUCCCAGGCCAGGUGGGAAAAGGCCUGCAAGGCAGGGAGCAUGUCAUCCAGAACUCACAGCCAAGGUGGUCAUCCUCACUCCUCUCCCUGCAACUUGAAAUUUGGUUGGGUCAGGGGAAAUCCUGUAGGAGCAUAGGAAGUUGCCUUCUUCCAAGUCAAGACCACUGGUCCAUCUAGUUCUGUAUUGUCUACACUGACUGGCAGCAGUUCCGGUGUUUCAGGGAAGAAUCUCUCCCACUCCUACCUGGAAAUGCCCAACAAGGGUUGGGCCUGGGAACUUCUGUAUGCAGAGCAGAUGCUCUAAUACUCUACUACUAGGUUUCAAAGCUUUGCCUUAAUAUGCCUCCCCCCCUGCUGUUGACCUGCAGGAACGAUAUCCAGAAUUCCAGUGGCCCCCAAGCGCAAAGGCGGUACCGGAACUGGAAUCCACCGUUGCUAGGCAACCUUCCUGAUGACUUCCUUCGCAUCUUACCCCAGCAAAUGGAAAAGGUGCAGGUAGGGUGGAUAUAACUUUCUAUAUUUGGGCUGUGAGUUCAAAAUAAUCGACAAGGUAUAUUCAGUGUUUCGGCCUUUCAGGGCAUUAGAUAGCUCAGCAACUUGGGAUUGUGUGUGUGUGUGUAUGUGUGUGUUGCCACAAGCUCUUGAACCACACUUCAGCUCUCCUCAAUUUGCACAUAGGCCUUAAUAGUUCAGGUACCACCUGCUGAACAAUAUAAAUGCUUCUGGGACAUUCUUGUUCCCUGAUCUCCGCAACUCAGAAGUCAUAGAAUUGUAGAGUUGGGAGGUACCAAAAGAGUCAUCUAGUCCAACCCCCUGCAAUGCAGGAAUCUUUCACCCAAGGUGGGGCUCGAACCCAUGACGCUGAGAUCUCAUGAGUCUCAUGCUCUACCACCUGAGCUAUCCCUCAGGUCCUUGCUGCUUCCUCCAUUCCCUUCCCCCUCUUCUGCCUUCUCCAUCCUGCCCUGCUUGACCCAGAAGUAGCUGUGUCUGACGCUGUCAUGCCUCCAGUCCUUGAAGUCCCUUUUCCUCCCCGUUUGGGUUAGUUUUAGGAGCAGGGUUCAGAUCUAAGCUUCGAGUAACGCAUUCAAUUUUAUAUGUAAUCAUAGCAUCCCAGGGGGGUAUUUUAUUACUUGUAACCGUUCCAGAUCAGAUUGGAUGGCAACCCUGUGAACCUGAUCUUUAAAAGAUCUGUUUCAACGAAGGAGGAUUCAGGAGAGAGGAGAACUCCCAAGGAAAACCAAUAAUGUUGAAUGUAGUGUACAAGCCUUUAGAGGAGGCUUCCUCAACCUCAACCCUCUAGAUGUUUUUGGCCUACAACUCCCAUGAUCCCUAGCUAUCAGGACCAGUGAUCAGGGAUGAUGGGAAUUGUAGUCUCAAAACAUCUGGAGAGCUGAGGUUGAGGAAGCCUGCUUUAGAGGUAGGCAAGUUGUUGCUAUGGUGGUUGUUUUUUAUUUACUGCAUUUAUAUCCCACCCUUUUCUCCAAGUAGCCGUACAUUGUUCUCUCUCCCCGCACUUUAUCAUCGCAACAGCCCUGUGAGCUAGGUUAGGCUGAGAGGCAACAACUGGCCCAAGGUUGCCCUCUGAGUUUCAUGGCUGAGUGGGGAUUAGAACCCUGAUCUCCCAGGACCUCGUCCAACACUCUAACCAUUACGCCACACUGAGAUCAAAAGCUGAGCCUUUUCAUUUGCCCCAAGAGAGACAGUUUAGGUGGUGCUGUGUUUGGAAGAGAGGAGACUUGUGGGUUUAGGGCCAAGCUGGACAUCCAGUAUCAGAUGCCUGUCUCAAAAAGUAGGGCUCCCACCAAGCAUCUAAAAAGCGUUAAGUUUGGAGUGUAUGAUUUGGAGAGGAAAUGCCGUGGGCAAAGGAACAACACUUUACCCUGUUUCCUGCGUUCCUCUCCCCCAGCUCCCCCCCCCAACCAAAUCACACGCUCCCAGUCCUACUUUUUAGAGUAGGCAGAGAUCUGGCUCUCCACUGAACAUCUAGUUUCGUUUAUUAUGUGGACUGAAAAAUGAAGCCUUGUGGAUUUGAGUCCUCAGAGUGACAGCUUCAUGUGUUAUGUUUUGGGGGAGGGCAGGUAAAGGUGUACACGCAAGAUUUUUUUUUAAAGUGUCUAUUUAAAAGAAAGUAUGAAUGCUGCAAACCUAGGUUAUGCAUCAUACAGGUGCAGCCAUCGGGGGGGCAGGCGCUCUGAUGGGUUGGGGCUCUGGGCUCUGGGUCACUGUGGUGGUCAUGGGUUUGCUGCCCUGUGAAGCCUGCAGUCCCUAGCCAUUCCUUCUCUCUCUGUACGCAAAUGCCCCCUCCAGAGUCCGCAAAGCUGCCACCAAAAAACAGGAAGCCCAGGAAGCCAGAGGGCCCACGGCUCAUUGGACCAGGAGAGGAAGUGGAAGCAGUAUCUAGAAGAUGAGCGGAUCGCGCUCGUCCUGCAGAAUGAGGAGUUUAUGAAGGAGCUGCAGAGGAACCGGGAUUUCCUUCUGGCCCUUGAGAGAGGUAAUGGCAUAUUUCAGAAUCUUAUGUUGCUUUGUUUGUUUGUUUCUUUUUUUGUAGGAAUGUGGAUUUUCUUUUAGCCAACCAAUUUUAUGAACGGUCCCCCUCCCCGUUUUAUUUAUGUUUUUAUUACUGUUGUCAUUUUUGUAUAGUGUGCUCUGCUGUAUUUUUUAGGAAACAGGUGUUUUAUAUAUAUGACGACACACAUAAAAGAACAUUCCUCAACACAAAGUCUUAUCUGAGGCAGAGCAGCAAAAGCCUAUCAGUAUAGAAAGGUCUUGACCUGGCAUAGGCAAACUCGGCCCUCCAGAUGUUUUGGGACUACAAUUCCCAUCAUCCCUGACCACUGGUCCUGUUAGCUAGGGGUCAUGGGAGUUGUAGUCCCAAAACAUCUGGAGGGCCGAGUUUGCCUAUGCCUGGUCUUGACUGACCAAUGGCAAAUGGCAGAGAGUGGGCCAUUUGAACCUCAAGCAGCAAGGAAUUCCAUUGAGGAUUGACCUGAAUGAAAGGCAGCAGGUCUUCCACUGAGCUACGGUGCCUGAAUGGAAAUCAAACCCAGAUCACAGCAGGGAAACUGCCAAAUCCUGACCACUUGACUGCCAGUUUGUGACACUCAUGCAUUUCCUUCUCUUACUUUUUUGGUCGCCAUCUAGAUCGAUUGAAGUAUGAGUCGAAGAAAUCCAAGAUGAGCAGCGUUGCCCUCACUAAUGAUGUUGCUUUCACCUCUGUAAUAUCAGGUAUUACCCCCCAAUAGUUUUUCCCCCCUAAAGGACAGAUGUUAGCUUUGUGGUCAGCUGCCAGAAUGUAAGGGUGCAAAUCCAGUAAAAAAUUAUUCCAGUUCAAUCAGUACUUAGGUUACUUUGACUAUGCAGGUGUGGCCAAUGACUGGCUCAAGGUCACUCAGAAGAGCUUUGUCUCCAUAUAAGAAUUUGAACCUGAGUCCCCCCCAGGCCUUGUUUGACACCAACAGUUAAGCUGUGUAUGGGGAAGCUUUCUUUUGACCAUUUGGCACGCUUUGAAUUUUGAGAGAGUGCUGGGGGUGCCAGUCACAAAAUGGCUGCUAUGGGGGGGGCGUGGCAUAACACAAAAUGGCUGCCGAUGGUAACACAGUAUUAGACAGUCACUCAUGACAAAUUUAGGCUUGCCAUGGGAAGUCAGCGUUGUCCUGCUGGUCCAGAUCAUGGAGGUCACGCAGUAUUGAUUUUACACAUGCACACACAUUCUCUUUCUGUCUGAUAUAACAGGGAGCAUUCUUCUUCUUCAGCAGCAGAAAUAAACCACACCAUGUGGACUCCCGUUUCACAAAAAUAGCUUAUAAGAACCUGCACCUUUUUGCACCAAAACUUCCUUUUUAGGAAGACUGUUGUGACGUGGGGUUUGUGAUUUCAGCUCUCCUGAUAUAACAUGCUGGAGACAGUUCUCGAGUAACACUUCUUUAUUAAAGCACAAGACUAAAGACUGGGGAGAGGAAAGCUACAUUUAUAGGGACAGGGAACUAGCAAGAAAGGAUACAUUUUGGAGGGAACAAUAUCAGGCAAUCACAGUCCUGCCUUUUGGAGGGAACCAAUAAGACAGAGGAUCCAAAUACAGCAGCUUAAAUGAACCAAUAGUAGCUGUACCCUCUAGAACCAAAAGGCAGUUACUUUACCCUAAUGCAAAUACAGACAAUAAUAAUACAGAUAUAAAAUCCUUUGACUCAAUACACAACAAAGACUAGAGACCUUUUUAAAAAUGAAAGCUCAGCAUUGGGGAUCUUGCCCCAGGGCAACAGUGAGAGCCUCCACAGGCAUCAGUUGCACCCAUAGGUGCCUGGUUGGACAUGCCUGGUUUAGUAUGUCUUGGGCAUCUGGGGCAAAUAGCUGGUGUGACGCAACAAACAGCUUCUGGAAUAUGUUUUCAACUCUUGCCCUGUACAUUUGCAAGGAAAUGCUCAUAAGUAUCCUUUUGCUUUGGACUGUUGGAUCAGGACUUAGUCUUCCCUGCCCCCCCCUCCAGAUCCUCCCCCAUCCCAUGAGGAAUGGGCACAAAACGGUGAGCAACCUGCUCUGGUCCCCAGUCGUAGUAAGCACGGAUUCCUCCUUCCUUUUCAUCUUUGAACAAAGGGGAUAUAGCCUCGCUGGCAGAACGAGGAAAUAAUCCUGCUUAACCUUCACUACCCGAGCCGAGCGGCAGCCUCAGAGGAGGGAAUUAGAGCCACUGUCUGUCGCUAUCACAUGAAAACCGUGGAACCGUCGGGGCCUAACCGAGUAUUAUAAAGAGACUGCUUUGGCUGAGGAUGCUAACGGCAACUGAUGCUACGCUGCAGGCAGUGGAAUCUGGUCUGUCUGGGCGAAUGGGGCAGAGCUCAGCCUGUCCCCUUCCCAUGCCUUAUCGCUUACAACUAGUCUGUGGGGUGGCCCUGCCUGCCACCUUCCUCCUCCUUAGUCUCCAAGUUGCCCCUUUAAGAACUCAGCAGGAAGAUGGAGGCAAAACUUGACUGAGCCGGCUCUACCUGUCUUUGUCUCUGGCGCCACCUGCUGUUGGGCUCCCUACCUUCUGCCCUACCAAUUCCCAGAGGGCACCAGCCACGGCUGGAUUCAGGGGCAAAAUGCUGAAAAAGGCUGUUUAAGAGGAUUGGGGCAUUCUGGGCAUACCCCACUAUCAGACCUCACAAGAGCCAAAUUUGGUGUUAAAUGCCGAAGAGUUGCGAGGAGACGCUCUCUGGUUCUUUAUUUAUUUACUAUUAAGUUCCUAGUCCUUGAGGCUGGAAAUGCUGCACUGCGUGAUCUGGAGAAAAAUGGACAAAUAUAGUUUCCUCCCCUAUCAUUCAGCAGCCAGGCUGCUCACUGGGGCAAGACGACUGCAAAUAUAGCACCAAUCCUGGCCCAACUUCAUUGGCUGGCAGUUAGUUUCCAGGCCCAAUUCUAUGUGCUGGUUUUGACCUAUAAAGCCUUAAACAGCUCAGGACCGCAAUACCUCAGGGACCGCCUCUCCCCACAUGAACCAACCUGGACGCUGCAAUCAUCUGAGGCCCUUCUUCAUGUGCCUCCUCCACAUGAGGGUGGCAACAUGAGAAUGGGCCUUUUCUGUGGUGGCUCCCUGCUUGUAGAAUGCUCUCCCCAGGGAGGUUCACCUGGCGCCUUCAUUACCUAUCUUUAGGCACCAGGCAAAAACAUUCCUCUUCACCCAGGCCUUUGGCUAAUUAAACAAUAUAUGACCUUUCAAACUGUGUGUGUGCCGGGGUGUGUGUUGUUUUUUGUUACUACGUUACGUAUUUUUUUUGUUUUUAUAUCGCAAACCGCCCUGUGAUCCUUGGAUGAAGGGCAGUGUAGAAAUUUAACGAGAAUCAUAGUAAAUGGCAACAUGCCUAACAUGUUUAAUCCCCUCUCCGUUUUUCAAAAUGCACACAAUCGGCUUUCCAGCCACAAUACCCCCGACUUUUAGCAUUUUGUUUUAACUGCACGCUAAAAAAACACACAUUGAAAAUUCGCCUCUUUUUCUUCAGCGUCGUGUUUUAAUCCCGAGUUUGUUUUGCCUUCCAGACGAUGUAGCUCGCUCCAGUGGUGCCGUCUCCGAUGAUGCCUUAUUCAGGGACAAAUUAAAACACAUGGGGAAAUGUGAGUUGUGUCAUGGUGGGCAGCAUGGUUGGAUUUGGAGCUGCGGUGGGAUCUCCCCCACCGGCCUGCAUGAGUGAAUGUAUCGUAAAUGCUGCGCUAGACCAUUGAAUUACUUUGACAGUAUAUGGGAAUCUUAAUACCUGCCUGUAACUGACUGGAGUUUUGGGGAGGGUGCAUGUGACCCUUGCAGUAUACAAUGCAGGCAGGAGCUUUUGCCAGCACAGAGGGGUGAAUGGGGAUGACUGCACAGUCAGCUCAGGCUUUCGGAACCAUUUUCCUGGCCUGCCACAUUUGGCCCCUGGGUGGUGCAGGGGGAUGUAUGCCUUUACCAGGGACUCCUCCUCAUUCUUCUUAUUCUGUAGUCAGGGAUAUGGAUACAUUCUGCAAUGUGCAGAAAGCCAGGUGCGGAAUUCAGUAUCCCGAGAAGAUCACGUCUUUUAUUUUAAACAGGUUCCCAGUCUUUAAGGCUAGAACCCUGACCCUAAUUUCAAAAGCCAGAGUGAGUAGGGUUUCCAGUGGUCUUUGAUUUAACAAUCCCUAGAGAUACUGCAUGGUUACAUCCUCUUUCUCCUUUAAAAAAACAACAACAAACCUUUAUUUCCACCCCACCCAUCCUUUCCAGCUACACGCAAGAAGCUCUUUGAACUUGCCAGGGCUUUCUCAGAGAAGACCAAAAUGAGGAAAUCGAAAAGAAAACAGUUGUUGAAGCAUCAAGUGUAUCCUUCCACGUGAAGUCUUGCUAUUGUGUCUUGAGGGUGCUAAAUUCCCUGCAGUUCCGAGCACAUUUAAAGUACAUGGUUUUCCCCGAAGAACCCUGGAAACUGUACUUUUACCCCCACCGUUACAGUUCCCAUGGUUCUUUGGGGAAAACCAUGUGUGUAAAAUACGCUUUAAAUGUUUGAUGUGCAUGUGACCCUCAGAACCACCCCCCUUGCAUUCUAGGGUGAGGUUGGCCAUGCCAGCCAAGCUAUGUUGCUGGCACAGAGCUGGCUUUCUGCACUCAAGUUCCUUGUGUCAUGGCCCAGGGGUCAAGAGGGGCCUCCCUUUGGGUUUUCUCCACUGCCCAUGCCUACCCCAAGAGCAACCAGUGAGCUUUGUGCUUGAGCAGGGAGUUGAACUCCUUUCUCCUCCUCCAACUUGAGAGUCACCGUGCUAAAUCCCUGUGCUGUGAUAGACUUCAACAGCUCAGCUGAAAAUGUAAUAGACCUAGAUUCACAACACUCUUUGCUUGUUCUUGCUGAUGUCACCGUCAGCACCAGCUGUGGUUGGUGUUCACUGGCAAUGGUAGGGCAGAUAGCAGGGAAACCAAACAGUAGGCAGAGCCAAGGAAAGGCAGGGCCUGCUCAUUCUAGUUCUGUCCCCAUCCUCAUCCCUGCUGCAUAUGUCGUUGUGAACCUGCUUCUUGAUCUCAGGAUUACGGUAUUUCAAGAGGUGGCCAGAUGCAUAGAGAACAAACAGUUUUCCAAAAUAUAUAAUAGGUGAUGACGAUGCAGUGUGACUUGGGAAUCUUUGGAUUCCCAGUUGAGUUUGCAGAUCACUGAGUGAAAGACAAUCUUGCACAUGUGUGCGCGCACACACAGAGGAACCCUAGCUUUGGUUUCUACUCUCCCAGGGCUGAGCCAUAGCCAUGGAAAUCCUGGUUCUGGAGCGCAGAUCAUCUGAGGCCUGGCUUAGAUUAUGCCCUCCACAUGCCAUUGGUUUCCUCUUUUUUCCUCCUUAAUCGCAAGUGCAGGAUGGGAACAGCAGCUUCGACAGCUAAUCUUCUUGAUGACGUUGAAGGACAUUCAUGCGGUAAGGCGAGAGCCCUGUUACUAAUGUGAGUGCUACCUUUGGGUUGGUCCCAGCUAAGCUCAGUGUGCUGAUUUACUUGUGAUCUCAGCUCAUAAGGCUGCUGCUUGGACUGAUUCACCCAUUUAAGACCCUUUCAAACUGUAUAUAACGAUGCCUGAUCCUUUAUUGGUGUAGACUUCUGCAUAGCUCAAAAACCUUGCCCUAUAUCUUCACCUGUGGAGGCUGGUCUAACACAAGAUUUCCCAGUCUCCCUGCUUAUUCUGUGCUCUCUCUCUCUCUCAUUUGUUCUGUGGGGCCCAUGUGACAGCAGCUCCACAUAACUGCAGAGUGAGCUGCUUCUCACCGGCAGGUUUCCAUAUUCUCUUGCCUUCCUCUGCCUUUCAGAUGAAGAAGGCCAAGCAAGAAGGCGACAGCUACACACAGAAGAUGAAACAUCAAAAGAAGCACAGUAA